GUUAAAAAUUUUAUAAGAGGUUAAUAAAAUUUUAUUGCUCGCUAUAUGUAGAUAUACCACAUCAAUAAGGUAUAUUAAGUUUAUGUCAUGAGAACAAACUUGAAGAUCUAAAAAAUUAUUCGUUGGUGGCAUUGUCAAGUAACUGCAGCACAAACAUUUUGUUGAUGAAAAAUCAAUUUGUAAAUGAAUUAAUUAUAAAUUUAAAAAAUUUAUCUUUAAUCAUUUAUUGUCACAUUUAAUUAUUUAUUAAUUUUGUAAGAAUGUCGAAGCCAAUCGUUUUCGUAACUGGUAAUGCUAAAAAAUUGGAAGAAAUACUCGCAAUUUUGGGUAAAAAUUUUCCACGAGAAGUUAAAAAUCAAAAAAUCGAUUUACCAGAGUAUCAAGGGGAGCCGAGAGACAUAAGCAUAUCGAAAUGUAAAGCAGCAAUGGAUAUCAUAAAAGGACCAGUUAUUGUUGAAGACACUUGUCUCUGUUUCAAUGCUAUGAAAGGAUUACCGGGGCCAUACAUCAAAUGGUUUUUAGAAAAACUCGGACCAGAAGGUCUCGUUAACAUGCUAACAGCCUGGGAAGACAAAAGUGCCGAAGCUGUUUGCACAUUUGCUUAUUCAUCUGGUAAUCCUGAUGACCAGAUAAUUAUUUUCGAGGGCAAAACACAUGGAACUAUUGUCAGUCCACGUGGGCCACGUGAUUUUGGAUGGGAUCCUAUUUUUCAACCCGAUGGAUACACUGAAACUUAUGCUGAGUUACCUAAAAGUGUCAAGAAUGAAAUAUCACAUCGCAGCAAAGCUCUGGAACAAUUAAAAAAAUAUUUUGUUAAAGAUGGCUAGAAUAAAUUACAUUUAGAUGAAAAAUAAAAUUCAAAUUAAUAACCAACAGUUAAAAAGUAAUUUUCAUUAUCACAAUUACAAUUCAUAAAUAUUUAUAAAUCAACUCUAUAUUUUUCAAUGUGUCAAGUUUUCGAUAAUAAAUUUUUUAAAAUAUAAGAGCUAAUAAAAAUCUAGAGUAUACGAUUUCUCGGGAUUUCCAUUGAUAAGAAUUUAGAAGAAAAUCUGAAAACAAAACUUGUGUCGACAACAGAAAAUAAAUAGAUAACAGUAUCAGAAUAAAUAAAAAAACAA